AUGACAAGUACUAACACCUCCUACCAACAGGUAAUAGUAAUAGGCACAGGCCCGACAGGCCUCUUGCUCUCCCUCCUUCUCGCGCGGCACUCCAUCCCCGUCCUCGUCCUCGACAAAUCCACCUCCCUCGACACCCAGCCCCGCGCAACACACUACGCCGCCCCCGCCAACCGCGUCCUCUCCCGCGCCAACCUCCUCUCCCGCGUCAGGCAGCACGGCAUCGAAGUAGGCGGCGCCCGCUGGCGCAAACCAGACGGCACUGUCCUCGCCAAGAUCGAAAACAGCAGGCUCGGCGUGGAGAACCCGGAUCGGAUCUCGUGUCUGCCCUUGAAUUCGCUGUGUAAGAUGGCGCUGGAGGACUUGGAAAAGGAGCCUGCGGCGGAGGUGAGGUGGGGGUAUGAGGUUGAGGGGAUUCGGGAGGAGGAGGGGAGGGCGGUCGUGAGGGUGAAGACGGAGGAGGGGGUUGAGGAGUUGGGAGCUGAUUAUGUUGUGGGGUGUGAUGGUGCGAAUAGUAUCAUCCGGAGACAGCUGUUUGGGGAUGAGUUUCCUGGGUAUACGUGGGACUUGCAAAUCAUCGCAACGAAUGUCUACUACGACUUUGAAAAACACGGCUGGAAAGACUCCAACUUUGUCAUCCACCCAACAGACUACUUCAUGGCCGCCAAAAUCCAAGACGACGGCCUCUGGCGCGUCAGCUACGGCGAGGUCCCCGGCCUCAGUCACGACGAGUACCGCGCCCGCCAGCCCGCGAAAUACGAAACCAUGUUACCCGGGAACCCAAAGGCGGACAACUACCAGAUCGUCAACUUUAGUCCCUACAAGGUGCACCAGCAGCUCGCGCCGCGGAUGCGCGUGGGGAGGUUCAUCUUGGCUGGGGAUGCUGCGCACUUGUGUAACCCGUUCGGCGGUAUGGGCCUCACGGGUGGCAUCGUCGAUGUAGGCGACCUCUUCGACUGCCUCACAGGCAUCCACGACGGCCAAGCCGACGACGACAUACUCGACAAGUACGACCACUACCGACGAGAAAAGUUCAACCAGUUCACGAACCCGGUCUCCGAGGCGAACCUCAAGAGGAUGACUUCGGACCCGGACGAGGUUGAGACCAAUGACCCGGGGAUCGUCGCCAUGCGGGGGGCGGACAAGACUGAUGAGGCUGCCGUCGCGUUCCAGCUGGGUAUACUGGGGCUUGCUCAUGAUAUGACGCAGUAUUAUAAGAAAUAG